AUGGCGGAACACUUCAAAGAUGUGAGUCAGUGCUAUGUCUGCCGAACUUAUCUUGAAGAUCCUGUGCGACUGAAGUGUGGGUACGUCUGCUGCCUCCAGUGUGUCAACUCUCUGCCUAAGGAGCUCAACGGGGAAGGUGUCCUGUGCCCCUUCUGCCCUGUGGUCUCUCAGAAGAAGGACAUCAGGCCCAUCUCCCAGCUGGGGAAGUUGGUUUCCACGGUCAAGGAACUAGAGCCCCAACUGAGAGCUGCUCUGCAGAUGAAUCCAAAGAUGAAGAAAUUCCGAGUGGACAUGACCUUGGAUGUGGACACGGCGAACAACCACCUCAUCAUCUCUGAUGACCUGAGGAAGGUCCGUUGUGGUUGUUUCAGACACAACAGGGAGGAGCAUGCUGAGAGGUUCAACCCUGCACUGUGUGUCCUGGGUACCCCUCAGUUCACAUCUGGGCGCCAUUACUGGGAAGUGCACAUGGGCACAAGCAAUACCUGGGAUGUGGGUGUUUGCAAAGAAUCUGUGAACCGGCGAGUAACAUUCACACUUUCUUCAGAGUUCGGCUUCUGGACUGUGGGUCGUAGGGCAGGACCAUGCCUCUGGGCCAGCACUGGGUCUAUGACUCCUCUCUGGGUGGGCCCCUGGGUGCAACACGUGGGGGUUUUCCUGGAUAUGGAUAUGGGGAUCCUCUCCUUUUAUAACCUUAGGGAUGGAUCCCAUAUCUUCACAUUCACCCAAGUUUCUGCUCCUGAGCCACUGCGUCCAUUUUUUGCUCAUGGAGAUGUCACUUGUGAUGAUCAAGGGUUUCUGAAUGUCUGUACUGGGAUAAAUUAG